AUGUUCUUUAAAAAACGUGAUAAAGCUAUAGCGAAUCCCAUUGAUCCUUUCUCUUCAGUCGUACACGCAGAGCCUCAUUUACAGUUUUCAUUAAGACCGUGGAAAGGAUUCAAUAAACCUCAGUAUCCCGAAUUGAAUGCCGAUCAGUUCGUUUCUGAAGUUUUUGAUCCUUUCUAUAUCAGCGUGGAAGAAGCAGAGGAAAAGUUUGCUGAGAUGCGAAAGUCCAUUGAAACCAGCAAACCACAAGCUCACAGACUUGCAUCUGAAAUGUACCCUGAAAUUACGUUUCUUGGCACAGCAUCCUCCACUCCAAAUAAAUAUCGAAACAUCAGUUGUAUCCUCAUCCAGUUAGAUCCAGACAGUUACGUGAUGUUGGAUUGCGGGGAAGGUUCCUUAAACCAGUUGCAUACAUUGUACGGUGUGGAAAAAGGAAAUGAAAUAUUGCGCAAAAUUCGGUUCAUACUCAUCACUCAUAUGCAUGGUGAUCAUCAUGGUGGUGUUUUCACUGUGGCUUGGACUCGAUCUAAUCUGCUUAGAGCAGAUGGUGCCGCUGAAUCGGACUGUUUAUUACCUGUAUUAGCCCCACCAGCGUUCUGCUCUUGGCUGACUAACUUUAGUAAACUUUUCAAUUAUGAUCCUAUUAUCGAUCUUUACACGCUGACCAGUGUUUAUAAUGCACCGGCACCGAAAUCUCUGCCUUCGUGGACUUUGAAUACAGAUAACCCUCGGACAAAAGAGUGGUCAAAGCUGAUGAAACAACUUAAUGUUCAUGUUAGACCCGUCAAGGUCCCACAUACACGUUCAUCAUGGGCGUACAUUAUCGACAGUCCUAGCCUUUCAACAGGUUCAGACAAUGUAGAAAUUGGUGAAAACGAUCCACAAGAACGAAAAUGGUCGAUUGUUUAUUCUGGGGAUACACCUUCAUGUCCUGAACUUGUGAAAGCUGGGAAAAAUUGCGAUUUACUAAUACAUGAAGCUACUUUGGUUGACGAACACACAGAUUUAGCGAUUCGAGGAAAUCACAGUACAACAAGUGGAGCUAUUCAAGCUGGACGCAAUAUGAAUGCUUCAUUCAUCUUGCUGAACCACUUUAGCCAGCGUUAUGGACGUCUGCCGCCAAUUGAUGAGUUUAAUCCAAUGUGGCUGCAACUUUUGAUUUCAUGCGCGUAAAAUUUCGUGAUUACCACGCCUAUCGCACUAUAUUCCGUAUUAUCGAUAUGCAUUUGCUAAACACUGGGCCAAUACUAAGGCUAAAACCGAUUCUUACACAUUCGAAAACUUCGGGAAGCCGAUGAAUUGCUUGAAAAUGAGUCUACUACUAGUCCAGUCAACGAUGAAUUAGUGCUGAGUUUGCGAAAGUGGCGAAAAUAAAUGUUGUCGCUGUCAAUUUGAAUGAGAACAAAAUUAGCAUCUAUUUUAGUUCCCCUUUGGAAUAAAAAAAAUCACUGUUGCAAGCGAAAUCAUUUAGCUUUUAUAAAAUAUUGUAUCAUCACCAAACUAGCUUGUUAUUACUAAUAAAAUAAACAAACCACUUUUAAGAUAAUGUUUUAUUCUUAUAACUUCUAAAUACAUCAUUUUUGUGAAAUAAUCUGUCAUUAAUAAUAAACGGUAUGUAUUUCAGACACGAUUUUGUUAACUAAUUUACAAUGGUUUCCUUCUUUAGAUAAUCUCUUUUAGUAUUGUUAAUCUGUAGUAUUUGUACUGAACGAUCAUUGUAGUGCAUAGCGUGGAAAAUAGUCUGAGAAAAAGGUGAAAGUUGUCACUAUUAGUCUGGCAAGCUUGAGGAGUAGUACAAGUGAAAUGAGCAUCGCAUUAAUGUCAAACAGUUGUUAUUAUAUCCCAUCGGAUGG